AAGGAGAAGCUCCAAACUGAGCUUUUCUGUCUGCCGGCAAGCAGCCAAAAUGUUGGCGACACUGUUUGUGCUGUUUUUGUUCCUUUGUAACCCAGUCUGCUGCGUUUUCCAGAAACUUUACUGCACCAUAUCGGACAGCUGCGACUGUGACUUUAAGCCGAAUAUUAGAGACUUGGAGUGGGACCUCUACAAAAAUGUCUAUGGACAGCAUCUGGCUCAGGACAUUGUGUCAGAGGAGGUGGCAAGGUUCCUUCAUAAUAAAAGCCCCAGUCAGCCACUGGUGCUGUCUUUCCACGGCUCCUCUGGGACGGGAAAGACGCUGGUCAGCUCUAUGCUGGGAAAUCAUCUGUACGGCUCAGCCAUGAGCAGCCCGUAUGUCCACCAGUUUGUCCCCACGCUGCACUUCCCCUUGCCCCACCGAGUCAAGCAGUACAAGGAGGAGCUGAAGGACUGGGUGCAGGGAAACCUGACGGAGUGCGCUCGCUCAGUUUUCAUUUUUGAUGAGAUGGAGAAGAUGCCUCCAGGCCUCGUUGAUGUCCUGGAGCCCUUCUUGGGUCCGUCUCAUGUUGUAUUUCGCACCAACUACCGCAAGGCGAUAUACCUCUUUAUCAGCACUGCAGGAGAGGAGGUGAUAAACAAAUUGGCUCUGGAGAACCGUCAGGCUGGACGAGAGAGAGAGGAGAUCAAGUUGGACGACCUACAGGAGGCCAUCGCACAGGCAGUUUACAACAAUAACACAAGCGGCCUCUUCCAGUCCAACAUCAUUCAGCAGAAGCUCAUCACCCGCUUUGUUCCCUUCUUGCCCCUGAGCCGAUACCACGUCGAGCGCUGCGUGCGCUCACAGCUCUGCCAGCGGGGCAGCUGCAGCCGCAACGACGUGGUGGAGGCAGUAGGGGGCGACAUGAACUACACUCCAUCUAAGGGAAAGUACUUCUCCAGCACUGGCUGUAAGACUGUCCCUGCCAAAAUCAACUUUUUCCUGUGAGCUGAGGGGAACAGGGGUUUAAUUUUUAGGACUGAAAGGGAAACUCUGAGAAAGAUGUUCACAUGCAGGUCAGAGUCAGAGCAGCAUCUGGAGGCUAGGAUGCCCUGGGAGCAUGAAAUCAAGGGGAGUGGAACUCCUGACUGUCUGGAUUUGCAAUCAGUGAGUGUCUCCAUGAAGGUAUUGUUGGCGUUUUCUGACUUUUUUCAGGAGUCAUGCCACACUCUACCUCAAACCCAGCUCUACCUUUUAAUUUUUAUAUAUUUAUGUUGGUAUGGUGUGGUUUCAGAUUUCAAAGGCUUCAACUGGAAGUCAUUAAUUGAUGUUUUCUUGUUUUUAGGCUCAUUAUUUAUCCAGUCUUAAUUUAUUCUUUGUCAACACCACCAUCCCUUCAUGGUCAUACUGAUGAGGAGUUGUCACAGGUGUCCAGAGCGGACUAAACAGCUGGAGGUUAUUUGGUGAAAAUGAGCGAAGACCUUUUUGUUUGUUUUGUCUUCAUUUCAUUUUUCUAAUGUUUUUACCAAAAGGGAUCACACAAGAUUGUUUUUAAUGUUUUUGUUUUGGGUAACAUUUGUUAGCAAAGGGCGCCUUCUGGAAGAUCUUUGCUAAGUGUUGACUUUUGAGGAUCAUUAUCCGAGUUUUUCACCCGGAUGAAGCGACAUAUUUGGCUUGUGGCAAAGAGAGCUUGACUGUCAGCACAUGAAAGUACACGUCAUCAGUCGGCUUAUUAGAAAGUAGAAUAUAUUUUAGGACUGAAAGAUGUCACAGGAUAAAGGAGCUCCUUUGCCAGAUCAUUUUUAACAAAUGAAAGAAGAAGAGAUGAGUUUUACUUGGAAAAAAAGCAACUUGUGUGCUGCAGCCCUGCAGGCUCGAUGCCAUAUUUUGGGAGCAUGUGACCACUUCUGCCAUCAGGUGGCAGUAAAGACUUUGUUUUGACAAGUGUAACGGAGGUGAAGCAGAGUUCACCAAGAGCUCAGUGCAUUUUAAUUCACUUACUCCCAUGUGAGUGAGUUCUGUAGUGCUUUUAUUUUGUUUCAUUGCUUUAAACUGUACUGUAAAGGCAGCAGGUACGCAGGUUUUUAAAACACUGAAAGUGCACUUUAUGGAGUAUUAAAAAGACCUGAUGUUCUUUGUCAAUUAUGAAAUAUUGCCAAAAGUUUGGAUUGUUUACACCAAAUUACUAAUUAUAAAAUAUAAAUUUUUUCUUGUAAUAAAUUACGUGUUAAAUGCAGUGAAGAACAAGGGUAACGGAGUUCACAGGAUGAAGAUGAAAUUCUUAUCGUAUCAGGGUGAAGGUUGACACACACAGAGGCUCGUAAAACUCAAGACAGCCGCAGGGAUCAGCGUUCAUUAGCUUUGCUUUCAGUACAGAAAAGUCUAAUAGUCGAAUGAAACGCCAGUUUUUUUGAUAGAUUUUUUCUUUUUCCACUCAGCUUUGCUGUGUUGCUAUGGAGAAGGCAGACUCCAGGCUAAAACUCAGUCAUGUUUUGUAUGAAAAUUUUUAUGCCAUCCAUAAUCGGCGACAGUUAGACUCCUCACACUACCAUGGUUAAUACAAUCUCCACAACAAAAUACUUUGGUUUUUGUCCUUGUUGUUUCUUCUGAGUUACACAAGUUUCAGGUCCAGCUUCUGAACAUUCGUGACUGAAGCUUUUGAGGUAUUGUGCACCUUUUACUGCUACAAUGUAAAGCAAAAAUAAAAUGUAAUGGCACAAGAAAGGUGUUCUGUGCCUUUU